AAAAAUUAGCCCUGGAAAAGCUGAGAUAGACUGUGAUGAGCUAUCAUAUUGGUACAAUGAAUUGUGAAUGUAUCGAUAGCUAACUAAGCUGACGACAUUAUUAGAAUAUGGCAACUCUGAUGUCCGAAACACGAACUCAAGAUGUUCGUUUGCAAAGACGAAGACGAACCGAACCCCAACAUAAGAAUAUGCUUACAGGGGAGGUGCGUUACACAUCAUUGCAUGCAAGAAAGGCGUGUCUGGAACUGGGAAUACCAACCAAUCAGCUUGCAAGUGUAGGGCCACGCCCUCCUAAACAUAAAGAGGAAAAACCGGAAAAAUCAUUUGUGACGUCAUAUUGUCGUUCACUACGAUUGAAAUCCAAGAAAAGACGACCAGCAGCUGCGACUGUUAUUAUAGGACGAUCACGUAGUGAUUACGUCACGAUUACGUCACAAGUAUCUCAUAAAUCUGUGACAUCACGAAAUCGAAGAUAUUCCGAGAGCAAAGCUAUGACUAAGAGUGAUAUAAAAGGAAUCCUUUCUCAGACGAAACAAACCGAGAACAACAAACGAGUCACAUUCAACGAGCAAGUCGAAAUUGAAGAAUUUAAACCAGCAAGCGCUAUUAUUGAACAAACAAAAAGCGCGGGAAAGAAAAAUGACGUCACAAAGAAAAACAAUUACGAAAGCACAAAGAACAAUAACCACUCGGGAAAUACACACUGUGACGUCAUUAAUGACGUAAACAAUAAAAAAUACAAUACAUCGAAUAAAUCGAACAAAAGCAAUAAUGACAAAACAAAUGUAAUAACAAACAAUAGUGACGUCACAAAUAAAACAUUAGAACUAAACAAAAACGAGCAUACCACGAUACCCGACAUUACCGCAAGUACGGACGAUUUAAUUCCUGUUAAGUGGCCAAUCGAAACGAAAGACCCGUCGUUAAGUGACCCUCAACAGGAAAUUGACGAUGAAAAGCCUCUUUUAUUGAUUCCUAGUGGGAAUUCAGUGGCGAAAGUGACAGGUGCAAGACUGGAGAACAUUGGUGGGAAAUUAACUGGCGAUACUUUGGGUUUAAACGAAACUGAGGGCAUAGUAGAGGCGGAUAAAGGCCAGAUUGUAGAGAAAAUUUUACCUGAAAUCUCCGAGGACGAUAAUCCGGUAACUGAAACGAAUAACGGUUAUCUGGGUAAUGGAUAUAAUGACAUUAUGGAUAUAAUAGAUAACGGUGAACCGAAUUCUACCAGGAAUAUCUACGUGCGAAAGCAUCUUAAGAAAAAAUACGGAGAAAAAGGCAAUAAUUUACCAGUUAUAAGAGAAGAACUGAACUCUAGAGGAACCGGUCGCGGUGACGUCAUAGGAACUAAAAACGUCAUAUCUAACAAUGACGUCAUAAAUGAAGAUGCGAUGACCUCAAAAGAACUUAUUUCGAGGGAAGAGGUUAUAAGCAAAGCGCGCCAGGACGCGAGAUUAAGCGCACUGAGGGGACAAAUUGCUGCGGAUAAGGCGGCUUGGAGCUGCGUAGUCCGGUACCCAAGGCGCGCCACUUCCGAACCAAACAGUGGAAGUAGUUCACCUUUGACCUAUGGAGUAAAUUUUGGUGUCAAAAAAACGUCCCCACUGGAGUUUCACCGCGAAAAGAGCAAUAUGUUCCCGUUGAAUGGCGGGAAAAAACUCGCAAUAUAUAGGCAUAAUUUUGGACAAAAGUAUCGUCUUACAAACAGUCCUUCCCCUACACUACCCCCUUUGAUGACGUCACCACCUAGUGACGUAAAUUUGGUGACACAAAGAAGGAGUGGAGUAUGGAUGCCAGAUUUAUCAGUGGUAUCGAAAGAGAAGCGAUACAGAGUGAAAACAAAAUCAUCGGGGAUUGUAUCUCAUGAAAACAUAAGAUGACUUUAUUGGGCGCCAUUUUAGCUAGACGAGAAGAAGUGGUUUCCGUAUACUUAAGCUGCCUUAUCGGCUUUCACAUAACGAGCGUAGCCAGCCCAAAAUAUUUGGAGGGGUUCCCUUCCUCCAUUUAAAAUUGAAAAAAAAAAAAUUUGUGUCAUUCAUGGCAAUUUUGCCAUUUCAAGAUUCUUAAGAAAUCACAUUUUUCGAACCCCCUAGCUCUGGGGUUCCCAAGCUUUUUUCAGGACGACCCCAAAGACAACUUUCAAGUGUCCAGUGCGACCCCAGGUCAAUAUAUAUAUUUUUCAUAAAACUUUAGAGCUUCUUUCACGGAGCUUUUGAGUUUGGUCAUGUGGUGGUAUUAAGUAAAAUAAGCUAUAACUAAACAGUGAUGUCAUAAUAAGCGCUUACAUUUUCUAUAGCAUAAGCAUAGAGCAAUGCAUAUGGGCCUGUUUUACAGUAAGCCAUGGUACAAACUGCUGAAUUUAACAUGGUUUGUCAAAUCUUAGAUGUUUUGUACAUUCAUCCUCUAUCAUACCUCAGCGACCUCAUCACUUGUUUGCGAACCUACCUUCUUAUCACUCCGACCCAAUUUGGGGUCACGACCCCUGAUUUGCGAACCCCUGCUCUGGCUGUCACGGUCAAACUUGACAAUUAGAAAUUUCUUCCCACCCCCUUCUUGGAAAUUUCCUCCUCUGAUGUUAUUAGAGUAUGUUGCUAAAUAUGUUCUGAAUAAUUGAAUACUGUGUAACGGAUUGGUCCCGUAAAGUUUGAAAUCACCACACCUCAAUUUUAUCAAUUUAAAUUAUCAAUUUUAUUUAUUUUUGUGAAUGAAAAAGCUUGGCUGCCUGAGAAUAUAUACGAUAGGAGUCUUAUCUCCCGAUAAAAAUUUCUUUAAUGGAAAAGAUAUCCUUUUUUUAUUUAUGACAGAAGUUUUUUUUUUAAAUAAAAAAUCAAACCUGA